UAAGCAGCAGCGACAGCAAUAACAACAACAACUGCUGCUGCUACUACAAUAAUCGAUAACAACAGCUUUAGCUUCAACAGUUGUUGCAGCAGUAUUAAGAUAGCAGAAGCAGCAGUCUCUUUCACCAUAUAGUCACCACAGCGCCAGUUGUAUUAACCACUAUUUACAGUAUACAGAGUGCAUAUAAAGUUAUUUAUAUAUAUAUUCAUCACAUGUACAUAUACACUCGUCUAAUUAAGCUAAUAUUUUUAAUCGUCUCCUAAAAACAAGAUGAAUUGAUCUCCUUUUAUUAAUUCUCCCCCCUCUCUUUCUCUUCUUUUGGUUCAUUCAUUCAUAUGUUUAUACAUUCAUCGUUAUAAAUUAAUCCUUCUACAAAUGCCCCAUUAUGGAUCAAACAUCGUACAAACGUUUUAUUUUUCGUGUGCUUGAUUUAUUCCACCUUCCUGAUUGAGAAGCAAAACACCUGUGAAAUUAUACACACCACACACGGACUGACGCAAGUAUAUAUAUGUAAAUAUAUACGUAUAUAUACAAUAUUUACAUUUCAUUUCGUGGAUUUAAACAUAAAAAUAAGAGUUUGUGGCUGUGUACUUCUCUGUCCUAAUGGAGUCAAAUGGUAGUAGUUAUGGAUCUACGGAGAUCACUGAAAAACACGAUGUACAACUCGUGGCUGAUUCUGACGACCCGUCCAGACUAGAACAUAAAAUUGUAGCAAGCAAUGAAUUUAAUAAUAAACUGAGUGGCAAAGCUUGGGGUCGAAUAAAGAAAAUUAUUACAAUGAAAACUAGAUUCCCUUCGAGUAUUUACUAUAUAAUUGGAAAUGAAUGCUGUGAAAGAUUCUCGUUUUAUGGGAUGAAAGCUAUCCUGAUAUUGUACCUCACAAAAUAUCUUCUGAUGAAACCAAACACAGCUACAUCUAUUUUUCAUGUCUUUAAUAUGCUCUGUUAUUUCACACCGUUGAUCGGUGCAUUGAUAGCUGACAGUUUUCUGGGUAAAUACAAUGCUGGUCCAAUGAUAGGAUUAUUGUUAAUAUCCACUGGUACUGGUGGUAUAAAGCCAUGUGUUGCAGCCUUUGGAGGAGACCAAUUUAGCAAAGGAGAAGAAAAGUUAGUACAAAGUUUUUUCUCUGUCUUCUAUUUUGCUGUCAAUGCUGGAAGUCUUCUUUCUACUUUGCUAACUCCAGUCCUUAGAGCUGAUGUCAAAUGUUUUGGUGGUGAUUGUUACAUGUUGGCUUUUGGUGUUCCUGCCAUCUUAAUGAUUAUAGCUCUGUUAUAUCAAUGUUUAUCAAUCAUUAUUUUUUUGUUUUUGUCUCAGUAUUCAAUAAGACAAUACUGGGUUCUGCGUCGCAGUAACACACCAACUCACCCUCAUUGGCUUGAUGCAGGUUUGGAUAAAUAUGAUGCUGUCUUUGUGGAAGAUAUAAAAUGCCUUUUGCGUCUUCUCGUCAUGUUUUUACCAGUUCCACUAUUUUGGGCACUCUUUGAUCAACAGGGUUCUAGGUGGACACUACAAGCAGAAAUGAUGGAUGGGAGUUUGGGUCACUUAGGUACACUGAAACCUGAUCAAAUGCAGGCUAUAAAUCCUAUCCUGAUUAUUUUAUUGAUUCCUCUUUUUGAAACCGUAAUUUACCCAUUGUUGGAUCGAUGUCAUAUCCCUAACAGACCUCUACAAAGGAUGGUGACUGGAAUGACCUUUGCAACCUCAGCUUUCCUAAUGGCUGGCUUUGUCCAGCUUCAUCUCAAUCGUAUAGCUGAGCCUCAGAUUUCUCCUGACCAAAGUGGACUGUCAAUUGUAAAUGUAGCCUCAUGUGAAGUGUCAGUAGAGUCCAUUUAUUUUACUGGAGACCUCCAAUAUCUUCAGUCAUCAAACUUGACCAAAAAUAAUCCUGGUAACUUCUCAGUCAACUAUUCUGAAUCAUGUACAUCUGACAAUAUGACCAAAAUUGAUAUUCAGCUUAACAAAGGCCAAGCAUCUCGAUUACUUUUCUACGAACAAGACACUAAAAUCCAUGCAGUUCAGGCCUUGGAACAAUCAGAGAAGCCUCCAAAAUAUAUGACCUCUGUCAGCUUCUUCAGUAUGCUUCCAAAUUCCUACAGCUCUCGCAUUAAAUUGAAGUCUGAGGAUUCUGAAUUCAUUUUAAACAAUACACAAAUGUUUGUGACUCCUUUUAUGAAUAUCGAUCCAGGAGAGUAUACAAUAUAUAACCAAGGUAAAAACAAAAGUGAGUGGGUAAAAACACAACACAUAUUAGAAUUAUUAACAGGUGCUACAUACACAGUUGUCAUUGUACCCCAUGGACGUAAACAUAAGUUUGAUAUAAAGAUAUUUCAUGGAUUAAUAGAACACACUGUAUCAAUGUUACUCCAAAUACCACAGUAUCUUCUAAUUACUAUUGGUGAGGUUAUGUUCUCAGUGACUGGCCUCACAUUUGCUUAUUCUGAAGCUCCUGUGUCAAUGAAAUCAGUUGUUCAAGCAGCUUGGUUGUUGACAGUCGCAGUAGGAAAUCUUAUUGUUGUGUUCGUAGCUCAAACAUCACUUAUUGAAAAUCAGGCUUCAGAGUUUUUCCUGUUUUCUGCCCUCAUGGCUGCGGAUGUGAUUUUAUAUAGCAUCAUUUCAAUGUUUUACCGAUAUAACAACAACUUGCCAAGCCCAUAUAUCAGUGGUGUGGAUGACAAAUUGACAUUAGUUCAGACACCAAUUGAUGAUAGCAUUGGGGAAUAAAAUACUUAAACACAUGCAUGCACACACACACACACACAACAUACACACACACACACAUGCAAACAUGUAUAUAUGUCAGCAUAUCUCAACUCUGUAUAAAUACAUUUCGUAUCAUUUCUGUUGAUUAUUUAAAGACAAUUUCCAUGCUAAAACACUUCUUUGUCUUUUUUAGUGAUUUUUUUUUUUUUCUGAUUAUCAGGAGACAGAUUGAUGAUUAUAAUUGUUUCAGCUAACCAUGAAUGUUCAUUUCUGUCUGUUCCUAUCUCUCUCUAUCAAUAUAUAUCUCUCCUUCUCUCCUCCCUACUUAACAUCUUCAGUUGCAAUAUUUGCCCCGCACAUUUUCUUAUAUACAGAAUUAAAGCAGGUCAUGUAUCCCCAAACAACAAAAUUUAGGGUUGCACAUUUAACGACCACAUGUAGUUACAGUACAAAUGCAUGAUCCACAACUAUGACAUGCUACAUGACCACAUGUCAACAGUGAUCCAAGCGCGAAAAGUCUGUAAAAGAUUGAGGAAGAUGUGGGGAAAAAGUGAUGAAAGUUAAUCUCAGAAUCCUAGACCUCACAGAAAGAGAUGACAAAAUGACCACAACAAAAGUGUUGAGAUGUACUGGAGCAGACCCAAACAAGCAUGGAAAAACAGAUGUAAAAUGAUGAUGAUGAUGAUGAUAAUGAUGAUGUGAUGAUGUUUCAUGAGGUUUGGGAAAAAUUUACAUCUUUUAUUCUUUUUUUUUUCUUUCUUUUAGGUUCAAUAUCUCAUAAUUUGAGAGGGAAUGUUGUUUCUGAUAGUUUUGAAAUGUUUCAGUACAGACAGUAUGUCAACAAGAUUUAUAUCACACUAAUUUCAAUAAGUCUAAAUCCUAACCUUAACUUCAAACACCAUAAAUAACUUAGAUUGGCCAUGCCUCUUAAACCUGGGAAUGACUAUCAGUUGAAGAUCUUAGGAUGUCAUAAAAUCCAUAAUUUAAACUUUGGAUUUCAGUUGCAGUUGAGAGCAGAAAUCCAGAAUAGCAGUAAAGGGAACCCUUCAUUUGGAAUAAAUGAGUGUGUGCAUAAUAUAAUGAAAUAUAUGUUUGUGUAUUAAAGAGUAUUAAAUAGAUGUGCUUGUGUAAUACUCAUAUGUAUAUGCACACACACACACACACACACACGCAACUUUAAUUAAAAGGGCUGAUGCACAUUCAAAUAUUUCAAGGCUCACAGUGAAACUUUGUAAUAUUCAACUUAAUUUCAUUUUUUAAAAGAUAUUCAAAGAAAAAAUUCCUUGGACUAAAACUCUAUCAUUAUAUUAUCAUUACACACUUCAUCUUUAAUAUAAUAGGGCGAUAUUAUUAUCAUCAUCAUUAUUAGCACUACCAUACUACCAAAGACUGAUUCUUUGGAUUUACUCCUGUCAAUUUCCUGGCACUAACAUUUCCUACCAGAACUGAAACAAAAAAAAGACCAUCAAACAUCCACGAAGUGUGAAAAUAAAAUCUAAAUGCUUUUUUCUUUUUCUUUUUUGUUACAAAUCCAACACUAAUGUUUUUAUUUUUAAUAACUUUUUUUCAAUUUUAACUCCAAAGUCAGAAGUGCAGCAUCUUUAUGAUUGAUAGGAGGAAGGGAAGAAGUUUUCCACAAACCAGAGACCUGUCCUGAAUAUUUAUAACAGAAAGGUCUCUGCUAAAGACACUCAAUGGUCAUGUGAUUAUGGUUUAGUGGUGGUGGUGGUAAACUGGGCAAUGAAUUAAGUUUACCUCUCAAGAACAAGAAAAGUUUGUCUCUCUCUUUCUCUCUCUGAUUUGCUUCCAUGCAGUUUCCAUCUACCAAAUUUCACUUACAAAGCUUUGGUCAAUCUGCGGCUAUGAUAGAAGACAUUCUCUCAAAGUACUUUGCAGUGGAAUUUGACUGGAAAUCACAUAGUUGGGAAGCAAACUACAUAACUAGUUAGCCAUUCCUAUAUCUAAAAUAGAGAAACAUUCUUUGAAAUAGAAGAACUUUGGAAAAUAAAUGAAUUCUUUUGGUCCUUGGUAUAAAUUCAAGAACAGAAGUGUCAUUUUCUUUCUCUACAUCAGUUAGAAUCUUGAAAUCUGGGAAAUGCUCCAACAGAUUGUAACUUAUUCUGCUAAGGAAGCCUUUCAGUAUUGUAUUAACUGUGAUAAUUAAAACAAACUAAGGAACUUAGAACCAACUAUGGAGGAUAAUAAGAAAAUAAAGAUUUCAUUUACUUUAUUUUGUUUUUAACAGCCUAUGGCAUUAUAAAUUGUGAAUACUGUUGUUUGCAGGUUAUAUUGACUAUUUAUAAGGUUGACAGUCAUGUUUAUAUGUUGGUGUUUGUUAAAUUUCUGUUCUUCAACUUUUUAUUGAUCUGGUAUUAUUUGAUAUUGUUGUGGGAAUGACAGAAAACCAGAGUACAUGCAUAUCAAUGUUUAAUUCCCACCCUUUACAUUCUGAGUUCAAAUGCCAUUGGAAUCAAAUUCUACGUUCUGUUGUUUCAACAUUAAUAAAAUAAAAUACUAGGGCUACUUCAGUCAAUUAUCUAUACCCCCUCCGGCUAAAUACAUAUGUGGCCUUGGAAUAGAUCUGCCUCCUAAGCAAGGAAGAGAUCUGUCAUUCAGCAGACUAAUACUAUAAAAAUGGAACUAAGUGCCAGCCCCUUAAAAAAACCUUUGGUGCUUUGGAGGCAUAUAUUUUUACCUUGUUCUCAUAAAUAUACUGCUCUUUGAUUCAGGACUUAAAUGUGUAGUGUGUGCUUUAAUCCUUUUAAUACCAACUUGCCUGAUACUAGGCAUAGUAACUUAUUUAACUCACAUUAUAUCAAAAUUUUGUUACAAUAAGAUCUUGAGUUAAAAUCUCAUGAUAACAUGAAUGAUAAUGAGAAUUUCCAGUCGAUCAACACCAACGUAAUAUAUACCAAUAUGUAAUAAAAUUACAGAUAUUUUAUUAAUCCCUCUCAAAUUUUGAUUAUAUGAAAAUUAGUUUCUAAAACACAGUAAGCAAUCUACUUGAAAGUAAUAUAGUAACAAAAAAGAUAAAGACAAUAGAGUAUUUCUUAAGCUAAAUUUAGUUUCUCCAUUGAACAGUAGAUCAAGUGAUUAUGUAGACAUACAUAUUGUUUUGUCUUGACUGAUAUAUUGUUUAGUAGUGAUAUCCCUGUUAGGAAUGAAACUGGUUAUGAUGAACUUUAUAAAAUAUAGACAAUAAGUUUAAAUAAAUUUCAUGGUAUAACAGAUAUAGAAAACAUGAAAUAGAUAGAAAUAGUGUAGAAGUGUUAGAAAACAUUGUAAAUAAUAAUACCUUUGUGUGUGUCGAAUUUUAUAAAAUUGAUUUAGCUGGUGAUAACAUGUGAGGUGGAGCUUGAGUACUGCAAAAAAAACAAACUGAUUAGGUUUGGAAGUUUAGUACUCACUAUGAAGCUUCUCAUGUGGUAAAAAUCUUUGUAAAAAAAAAAUAUUAAAAAAUGUAUUUGGUAUUCCUGAUUCCACACCUGUAUGUAUGAAAAUGUCUACAUUCCCUCUGAAUGCACUGUGAAACAUUUUAUUUUCAAUUCAAGUGAGAUUAAAUUUUUUGAAACAAAAAUAUGAUCCUUGUUAUUAUUAGAGUGGAAGAUGGCAGAAUUGGUAGAGCAUCAGAUAAAAUUAUUUUUACUUUUUAGUUAUGUCUUUUUACAUUCUGACCUGAAAUUGAAUUUGCCUUUCAUUCUUCUAAGUUUGUAGAAAUAGUACCAGUCUGAGUUGCUACCAGGGUGGAAUGAGUCAACUAUACCUCUUCCCAAUUAUUACCAUUAUUAUUAUUAAGGUAGCGAGCUGACAGAAGCACUGGAGCAUCAGACAAAAUGCUCAGCAGUUUUUCAUUUGGCUCUUUACAUUCAGAGUUCAAAUUUCAUCAAGAUCAACUUUUCCUUUCACCCUUUCAGGGUCAAUAAAAUAAAUUACUAUCAAGUACUGGGGUCAGUGUAAUUGAUUAGCCCUUGCCCCUCAAAAACUGCUGGACUUGUGCCUAAAUUUGAAACAUUAUUAUUAUUGUUAUUAUUAAGGAAGCAAGCUGGCAGAAUUGUUAGAACACUGGACGAAAUGCUUAGCGGUAUUUUACCCGUUGCCAUGUUCUGAGUUCAAAUUCUGCCGAGGUCAACUUUGCCUUUCAUCCUUUCAGGAUUGAUAAAUUAAGUACCAGUUACAUACUGGAGUCAUUGAAAUCGACUCAUCUCCUCCCCCAAAAUUGCUGCCUUUGUGGAAAAAUUUGAAAACAUCAUUAUUAUUAUUAUUAUUAUUAUUAUUAUUAUUAUUAAGGUGGAAAGCAAGGAGAAUCUUUGGCACACCGGGCAAAAUACUUAGCAUCAUUUUGUUGAUCUUUAUGUUCUAAGUUCAAAUUCCACCGAGGUUGACUUUACCUGUCAUCCUUUCAGGGUCAGUGAAUUAAGUACCAGUCAAGUACUGGGGUUGAUGUGAUCAACUGUCUCCCUCCCCACAAAUUCCAGACCUUGUACCUAUAGUAGAAAGGAUUAUUAUCAUUAUUAUUAUUAUUGUUAUUGUUGUUGUUGUUGUUGUUAUUGUUUGGUAGAUUGGAAGAAUUGCUAAAGCAUAGGAGAAAAAUGUCUUGUAUUUUUUUCUAGCUCCUUAUAUUCUGAAUCCAAAUCUUACCCUGGUUAACCAUGCUUUUCAUCUUUUCAGGGGUCAGCAAAGUAAAGUACCAGAAUUUAUGUAGUCGACUAACCCUUCCCCCUAAAAAUUGAUGACUUUAUUCCUAAAUCAGAAAUCAUUAUUAUUUUAUUGAUCUCAACCCUUUACUUGAUGUGAAUCCUCUCCAUUUCUUGCUACUUUCUUUUGUAUUUCACCUUUAAAUCACCAACAUCAUCAUCAUUAUUGUUAUUAUUAUUGUUUUGUUGAUGUAAUCCUUUUACUUGAUGUAAAUCCUCAAUUGUUUCUACUUUGUUUUCUUUUGCAUUUUUUCAUUGUGCUCUUCCCAACAUUUUGGGCUCUUGUGGCCAAUAAAAAUUUUUGUACUAUUAUCAGCACAGCUGGUUUCAGAUUUUGUAAAAAAAACCUGAAAAAUGUAGCCUCAUGCCAUGUUAAAAAAUUUUUUCUAUGUUUUUUUGUUUUUUUUUUCAGAUUUACAUAUUUUUGAUAUCAGAGAUUACAAUUUAGCCAAAAAAAAAAAAAUUUUAAUUUCAAUUGUACAUAAUUCUAUGAACUGUACAUGCACCUUUGAUGAGAUGUAGUGUACCUGAGCACUAUACACAAUAAUUUCAUUAUUAUUAUUAUUAUUUUUGUCAACUAAACAAAGCAAAUAAAUUGGUAGGGAAUUUAAAUUUGCUAAAUGAUAAUUUCUAAUAUAGAAAACAUGAAUCUGAAAAAAAUUUUUUUUAGAUUACUGGUUCAAAAGUUAUAGGGUGGAGGGAGAAUUCUGAAGAAGAGCCAGCUUUUGAAUUUGAUACAGUAAGUUCCAGUACAGCACUGGGGCAAGGUCGAUAGAAUUUACUGUAUCUUUCUGUCUAUGUUAUAAAUCAUUAUUCUAAUUGUUAUAAGGGCACCAAAACAGCUACAGAAUUGUAAGUGCAUCGGAUAAAAUGCCUUGUGGUAUUUCUUCCAGUUCUUUAUAUUCUGAGGAUAUCAACUUUGCCUUUCAUCAUUCUGGGCUUGAUAAAAUAAAAUAGGAUACAAGUCUAGUACUUAGAUCAAUGGCAUCAACUAACCCCUUCCCUCAAAACUGCUCGCCUUGUGCCUAAAUUAGAAACAAUAAUUAUAGGGGUAACAGAAUGGUGGAAUCAGUACAGCAUCAGACAAGAUUCCUUGUGUUUAGUUAUGUCUUUCUUUUUUUUUUUGUUCCAAAUUCAGAUCUUGAUGGGUUUCUCUUUUGUCUUUCAGUCAUCCAUUGAUAAAGUAUCUACCAGUCAUGUACAGAGGCCUAUCUAAUCAGCUAUAACCCUCCCUUAAAAUAGAAAUGAACAGUUUUCCGUAAAGGAAACAGUUUCAUACAAACUGAAAUUCCAAGAAAAAUUUGUUAAUUAUAAAGUAUAAUGCAGUAAUUCCAAGAAUGGAGGUGUUGAUAUGUAAAUCCAACGUGUCCAUUCUUUGAUUUACAAUAUAUAAGACUGACUUGUUAAAUGUAUCCUUCCUUAUUUAAGACAGUGGGAUGAUAUUUGAGCGUGAUUUGGCUGCUAUUUCUUGCAGGUCAAGCAACCAUGCAGUGGCUCCUAGGAUUGACAAAAUAAUCAUCAGAUAUCUAUAGGGUUGAUGAUUAAAUCCACUCUGUCCCACUCCGCUACUAAAAAUGUAUGGCCUCUGUCAGUGUUAAGAGUUACUAUUAUAAAAGUUGUGGAUUUUAUAAGAAACCUUGUUGGACUAAAAAAAUAUCCUUUGUAAUGUUUUGGUUGCAUGGGUUUGAGAAAGGGGUAUUUUAAUAAACUGAGUACCUGUGAUAUGCUGGAGUUGAUUGACAUAUGUCCCCUUAUGAAAUUGGCCCAAUACCUAAAAACAUUAAAAGUUGAUAAUUUGUUUUAUUAAAAUUCCUUUUUUUAAAUUCAUUUACUCUCUCUCUCUUUAUGCCAUCCUACACAUACAAUAAUAUCCAUAUAUGUAUAUAUCUGUUGAAUUAUUUAAUGUGAUAUGUAUACAUUAUUUUGUUUAUAUUUUUUGAUUUUGAAGUAAUUUGAUUUUUUUUUUUUCCAAAGUUAUUGCUUGUUGAAAAUUAUUUAAUAUUUAAGUUGAAAUAUUGCUUCCCCCACCCUUUUUUUUGUUGUUCUCUUGUGAAUUUUUUAUUAUCAAUAAAUAAAUAAAACAAAAGACAUUUUGCAAUGGUAAAAGAUAAGGCAGAACAAAUAUGGAGUAAAAUCCUGAUUCUGAGGAAACCGAUGAGUUGACAACAUUAGCAGCAACUGAUCUGUUGGAGAGAACAUAGAAGAGUUUGGUGUUAUGUUCAUUGGUUGUGAGAAGUGAAGAAUCUGUUUUGGUUCUUUACUUCUUGUCUCAGGGCAGUUGAAGGGUAUCAGACUCCACUUAGAACUCUCCAAUGGAGUUUAAGUAGUCUCGGAAGUAAACUGACAGUGUUGCUAAAUUGACAGAUGAAUUCAGUUCAGACCAAGAUCAACUUAGCUUUUAAUCGUUCCAGGAAGGAUAAAUAAAAUGCCAGUCUCGGGAUUUACACUGGCAGAAUCAUUAGGGUGUCAGACAGGAUGUGUUGCUGUAAUUUUACUGCUCUUUGCAUUCUGAGUUCAAAUCUUGUUAUGGCCUACUUGGAUGGUAGAUUUAAUCCAGUGCACAGAUUAAUACCACUACCUGGUCCACUGGUGCCUUUAGCAGAGUCCACUCUGUUACAAGCAUCAGGGCAAGAUUUCCAGUUUAAAGAUACCUUCCUCUCUCCUUAACUUGUGAGGGAUCUUAAGCACUGUUUUUUCUCUUGACUUAAGGAUAAGUGAAAAAUGUUGUUAAGUCAUAACUAGUGAAGUCAAGGGUGUGUUAAGCUAGCAGCCAAAGUGCUCAACAGUUUGUAUAAUUCCACCAGAACAGCAUUGUGAAUGAGAUCAUGACAAUUCUAUUCUUGAAUUGUCCAGUUCACCUAGCUAUAAAUAAGUACCAUGUAUGGUAAAGUAUACUGUUGUAAGCAGUAAGAUGACAAAGUAAUUUUGAAGUGUUUUGUUAGCUUACAGUAUUAAGUUUAACUCCUAUGAUCAUAGUUUAACAAGAGAUACCCUACUUGUGCUACUACUACUUACAUAAAGACAGUUUUCAAACUAUGCAUUUAUGAGCACAAUGGGUUAUGGUAUUCACUCUUACAUUAAUAGAAUUGCCUCAAUAUCUAUGUGUGUGUGGAUGUAUAUGUUUGUAUUCAUGUAUGAGUGAGUAGUGAAUGCAAUUCCAUUUAUUUUGCCAUUGGCUAUUGAUGAAUGUUUUGGAUUGAAGAAAAAAAAUAAGUAAAGGUUUACAAAUAUGUAACUGAAGUCUUCCUGAUACAAAAAAAAAAGGAAAGUACAAUUUAAACUAAUUCAGUUAUAUUCAGGAACAAUAAAGGAACAAGUAAAUAAACUUUUGUUUUUCAUA